UGCACUGGAGUCGCUUUACGUCGUCCAACUGAAGAGGCGUAUCUCGUGCUGCAUUCUGCUCAUUGUGCGACUGGAGCGAGAGAAAUUUCCGCUUCCUCUACUGACAAAUAACACCAUCAGCCGCCGACAUACGAAGUUGGAGCACGGGGAUAGGAGAAGGGGGACGGACGGACGCACGCACGCAGGGAUUUAAUUCACCGCCCGCGUUUUGGGGGAGAAAAAAAAACACCCCCGACGUCUGUAAUGUUUUCACUGUCAGACGGCGAUUAGCACAAGUUGUCUGUUUUCACUGUAGGAGGGAACGAUUUACGGCAGCAGUAGGAUUCAGACUGAAUAAGAGACAGCAGCAGGAGGAGAGGAGGACCCACAGCCGGAGAAAAGGACAGCACACAGCCGGAGAGGACAGCCUGCUACCGGGGCUUUCCUCCUGUUAGCUCCGUCUUCAAAGCCCCUUCACAGCCUCCGGGAUGUCGGAGCGAGGUGGAGGACUUCCGCGGACCGGGGGCGUCCCUUCCCCGCACAUGCAGCCCUCUAAGCCGGUCAGCAUCACCUCCAACCGGCCGGUCCACAUGAACCUGUACGCUACCUGGGAGGUGGACCGGUCCUCACCCAGCUGUGUACCGAGGCUGUUCAAUCUGACUCUGAAGAAGCUGAUCAUGCUGAAGGAGCUGGAUAAAGACCUCACUUCCGUUGUCAUUGCCGUCAAACUGCAGGGCUCCAAGCGAAUCUUGCGCUCCAAUGAGAUCCUUCUAUCCUCAGCAGGACUGACAGAGACCGACCUCCAGCUCACCUUUUCCCUGCAGUACCCACACUUCUUGAAAAGGGACGCCAACAAACUUCAGAUUAUGCUGCAGCGGCGGAAACGAUAUAAGAAUCGCACCAUCCUCGGCUACAAGACUCUGGCCCUUGGACUCAUCAACAUGGCUGAGGUGAUGCAGCACCCCAGUGAAGGGGCCCAGGUUUUGGGGCUCCACAGCCAGCUGAAGGACGCCUCUGUACCUGUGGCUGAGGUCAGAGUCUACUCCUUAUCCAGCCAGCCCAUUGACCACGAGGCACCCAAAGCCAAGAUGUCUGAUCGUUCUCCAGACAUCGACAACUACUCUGAGGAAGAAGAGGAGAGUUACUCUUCAGAACAGGAGGGCAGUGACGACCCCAUUCAUGGACAGUAUCUUUACGAUGAAGAGGAGGAAGUGAGGAAGAAGAAGCCGAGGCGUAAACUCCCUUCCAACGCCGCCAUCACCAGACAACCUAACAUCAAGCAGAAGUUUGUCGCCUUGCUGAAGCGGUUUAAAGUCACGGAUGAGGUGGGUUUUGGGUUGGAACAUGUGUCCAGAGAACAGAUUCAGGAGGUGGAGGAGGACCUGGAUGAGCUUUACGACAGUCUGGAAAUGUACAACCCCAGUGACAGCGGCCCUGAAAUGGAGGAGACGGACAGCAUCCUGAGCACGCCCAAACCCAAGCUCAGGCCGUUCUUUGAGGGAAUGUCCCAGUCCAGCUCGCAGACGGAGAUCGGCAGUCUGAACAGCAAAGGCAGUUUGGGCCGAGACACUUUCAGUCCUCAGGGGGAAAAGCCUCCGCUAGAGAAGAUGAAACCGUCCCGCAGCCGCAACCUGGAGGAGGCCCUGUCUGAGACCGAUACACUGGAACUGACAGAUCAGGAGUUGUUUGCUGAGGUGGGCCCAUGCAUCACGGUCUCUGUGGCAGAAAAGCCCCGAACACCUCUGAAGAGCAGCAAAAGUGAAUCCCAGACAAUGCCAUCACCAAGGUUGGACGGAGGCCACACCCCCCGACAGAAACGCAGCAGCACUCCCAUGAAAGAAAGACAGCUGUCCAAACCUCUGAGUGAACGAACCAACAGUUCAGACUCUGAAAGAUCCCCAGAGCUGGGCCACAGCACUCCUGUCUUGAGGAAAGCAGUGUAUGAUCAGCUGAACCAGAUCUUGGUGUCAGACUCCGCCCUCCCAGAGAGCCUCAUCUUGGUCAACUGCACGGACUGGCAGGGACAGUAUGUUGCAGAGCAGCUCCAGGUGCAGAGACACCCUGUUGUGUCGACCUGUUCGGCUGCAGAGAUCCAGGCGGUGCUGUCUGCUGUGCUCACUCGCAUCCAGAAAUUCUGUAACUGUAACUCGUCCAUGCCUCGUGCAGUGAAGGUAGCAGCAGUGGGUGGUCAGAGUUAUCUGGGAGCCAUCCUGCAGUUCUUUGUCACUCAGCUGGCGAACAAGACAUCAGACUGGCUCAACCACAUGCGCUUCCUGGUGGUGCCUCUGGGUUCCCAUCCUGUUGCUAAGCAUUUGGGUGCCCUUGACAACCGCUACAGCUCAUCUUUUCUGGACGGAGCAUGGAGGGACGUAUUCAGCCGCUCCGAGCCUCCACAGACGGAUCAGCUGGAUGUAGCGGGGAGAAUCGUUCAGUACAUCAGCGGAGCCACAGUCACACAUCAGCUGCCCAUCGCUGAGGCCAUGCUCACCUGCAAACACAGGACGCGAGAUGAAGACUCCUACCAGAAGUUUAUUCCUUUUAUUGGGGUUGUGAAAGUUGGACUGAUUGAGUCUGGUCCGUCUCCGACAGGAGACACAGAGGAGGGCGUUGCAGUGAGUUUAGCGGUCCCCUCCACGUCGCCUCCCUCCCACGGCUCCCCCACAGGGAUGAUCAAAGAGGCAGCCACUCCCCCAUCCUCCCCCUCCAUGGGUAGCGUCCUUUCUGUACAGGGGAGCCCCAGUAUGUCUCAUGGCGUGGACGCCAUUGGCUUGCAGGUGGAUUACUGGCUCGCCUCUCUGGCAGAAAAGCGUCGGGAAGGCGAGCGACGGGACACCGGCUGCAAGAACACGCUGAAGAGCGCCUUCCGCUCAUUACAGGUCAGCAGGCUGCCAGGGGGAAGCAGUAGUGACCCCCAGGCCCAGGUCAGCACCAUGGCCAUGACGGUGGUCACCAAGGAAAAGAACAAGAAAGUUCCUACCAUCUUUUUGGGGAAGAAGCCUAAGGAGAAGGAUGUGGACUCAAAGAGUCAGGUCAUUGAAGGCAUCAGUCGACUCAUCUGCUCUGCUAAGCAGCAGCAGACCAUCCUCAAAGUUUCCAUCGAUGGUGUGGAGUGGAACGAUGUGAAGUUCUUCCAGCUGGCCGCCCAGUGGCCCACUCACGUUAAAUACCUACCUGUUGGACUUUUCGGCUACAGCAAGCCCUCCUCGUAGGAGCGACCUGCCCGCACCCCCGUGAGCCCGACAUGACCUUCGACCCCUCUCGGACCUGUCCCUUUUGUGCACACGCCCCGUCUGUCAGCGUCUGCGAACCUGCGGCGCUGAGAGGUGGAGGUGCAGCGCUGUAACGAGUCACUUUAACGCCCCUUCUGUGUGUGUGUGUGUGUGUGUGUGUGUGUGUGUGUGUGUGUGGGUGCAUGCACACGUGAAUGUACAGUAUGUGUGUGAGUGUGUGUUUACAGGAGGUUCACAGCACAAGUUUAUUCACUACUUUCCAUUUCUGUUUCCGUGGAAUGCAAUAGCAUGCAACAACUCACACAUUUCCAGCCCUGACCUCUGCCCUUUAACCUUUUACCCCUGACGUUCGUUCGGUGACUUAUCUAAGAAUAUGGAUCUACACAUGCCUGCUCCCAAGUAACAAAUACACCACUCAUGUGCCAGAAACAUUAACUGAAUAACUGCAACAGGGCAUCAGUGUUUGCAUGAAUCUAAGAACACGAAGAAAACUGUUGUUGCUCAAAGUCAAACGCUGGCAUGUAACUCCUCCCCCUCCCCCCUAGAACACUACCCACUUAGCCAACACCCUCCUGACCAUGCCACUUUUGAUUUCCAGGGCUUCCAUAUCUAUUAUAAUUCUGAUUUCUGUACCAAAAUAACUCAUUUGGAUGUUGAAUGCCAAAUGUUUUCUUUCCAAACCACAAAAUAGUAAAGGGGAAGUGUCUUUUUCACACAUGUUCUCUAUAUGAAAACAAGCAGAUCUUCCCUUUAGUGCCAUCUUGUGAUGCAUAGUGUACAUUUUCGUGAUUUCAGGGCAGGGGCUACUGUAAAUUGCAGUUUUUUCGUCAUUAUUAUUAUAAUUAUUAUUAUUUUUUGCUAUGCACUUCUCAAUAGUAAUAACAUGCUGAACAGUAGACCUGACAAAAUAUGCAACCAAGCUACAACUCUGAAAUGCAGAUUUAAACAGUUCAAACAUACGCCAGGUAUUUGGAGCUCAUUUAAUACACAACCAAACAAAAGAGGUUUUUACUAAUGACCUGGGAUUCACUAACAAACACAAU